UCUUCCUCCUUUCUUCCUUUCUCUGCGUCUCAUCAUCUGUUCUCCGGGAACCCCUUGUUGGUAUAAUUAGGGUUAGGGUUUUCUUGAUUCCUCCGUCGAGGUUUCGGGUCCGAUUCGAUCCGAGGUGAUUCCCCAUCGGCGAUGUUCUGAUUCGUGGAGGAGAAGGUCAGGAAACGGCUACCUGCCCCGGUUCUUGAUCGACUUGUCGAGAUCUCUGGCGGAUGCACCUUUGAGACAUGGCCGACGUCUUGUCUUUGAUCCCCGCCUCCGUCCUCCGGAACCUCGCUGACAAGCUCUAUGAGAAGCGGAAGAAUGCCGCCCUCGAGAUUGAAGGGAUCGUGAAGCAACUCGCUGUAGCCGGGGAGCAUGAGAAGAUUUCGGCCGUUAUUAGCCUGUUGACUACAGAAUUCGCUUAUUCCCCGCAAGCGAACCAGAGGAAGGGUGGGUUAAUAGGACUGGCAGCGGCAACUGUCGGGUUGGCAGCAGAAGCUGCUCAGCAUCUGGAGCAAAUUGUACCACCUGUACUUAAUUCUUUCGCUGAUCAAGACGGCAGAGUUCGAUAUUAUGCUUGUGAAGCACUGUAUAACAUUGCAAAGGUUGUAAGAGGUGAUUUUAUUAUCUUCUUCAAUAAGAUAUUUGAUGCACUUUGUAAGCUUUCAGCAGAUUCAGAUCCCAACGUGCAGAGUGCUGCUCAUCUUUUAGACCGUCUAAUAAAGGAUAUUGUGACUGAGAGUGAUCAAUUCAGCAUAGAAGAGUUUAUACCACUUCUAAGGGAGCGCAUGAAUGUACUCAACCCUUAUGUGCGGCAGUUCUUGGUUGGGUGGAUCACUGUUUUAGAUAGUGUUCCAGAUAUUGAUAUGCUUGGCUUCCUUCCAGAUUUUCUUGAUGGUUUGUUCAACAUGUUAAGUGACUCCAGUCAUGAAAUACGACAGCAAGCUGAUUCUGCCCUAUCUGAGUUUCUUCAAGAAAUAAAAAAUUCUCCAAAUGUAGAUUAUGGUCGUAUGGCUGAAAUAUUGGUACAGAGGGCAGGUUCGUCUGACGAAUUUACUCGGUUGACAGCUAUCACAUGGAUAAAUGAAUUUGUAAAACUUGGUGGAGAGCAGCUUGUUCCUUACUAUGCAGACAUCCUAGGAGCCAUAUUACCUUGCAUAUCUGACAAGGAGGAGAAGAUAAGAGUGGUUGCUCGUGAAACCAAUGAGGAGCUUCGUGCCAUUCGAGCUGACCCGGCUGAUGGAUUCAAUAUAGAUGCCAUCCUCUCGAUUGCAAGGAGAGAAUUAACUAGUGAAUGGGAGGCUACUCGAAUCGAAGCACUGCAUUGGAUUUCUGCUCUCUUGGCUCGGUAUCGAAGUGAGGUUAUCUCAUACUUGAAUCAUGCCUUUGACUCCUUGUUGAAUGCACUUUCAGAUUCUUCAAAUGAGGUUGUCCUCCUGGCACUUGAAGUGCAUGCUUGCAUAGCAGAAGAUCAUAAAAAUUUUCAUCGUCUUGUUGGGCUUCUAGUCCGCAACUUCCAAAAUGACCGUGUGCUUCUUGAGAGACGGGGGGCUCUGAUUGUACGACGACUUUGUGUUCUCUUGGAUGCGGAACGAGUUUAUCGACAAUUUUCCUUAAAUUUAGAGCAGGAACAAGACAUGGAUUUUGCGUCCGUUAUGGUUCAGGCUUUGAAUUUGAUUUUACUCACGUCAUCGGAAUUGGCUGAGUUACGAGGUCUUGUAAAGCUAUCGUUGGUGCAGUCUUCGGGCCAGGAGCUAUUUGUAUCAUUGUAUUCUUCUUGGUGCCAUUCGCCAAUGGCAACAAUCAGUUUGUGUCUUCUAGCUCAGGCAUACAAUCAUGCCAGUUCUGUAAUUCAGUCUCUUAGGGAAGAAGACAUAAAUGCAAAGUUCCUGGUGCAGCUGGACAAAUUGAUUCGAUUGCUGGAGACUCCGAUUUUUGCUUACCUGAGAUUGCAGCUUUUGGAGCCUGCGAAAUAUACAUGGUUAUUGAAGACUUUAUAUGGCCUUUUAAUGAUGUUGCCACAGCAAAGUGCGGCAUUCAAGAUAUUAAGGACUCGCUUAAAGACUGUUCCUUCUUACAGUUGUAUCGAACAACUAAAGGGCACGUCUUCAGAAAACCCAUAUUCCCAGAUUCUGCAAUUCUCGGAGGAUAACAGAAACCAAUAUGCUGCAAAUGUUGCAAAUGUUUAUAAUGCAAUCGACUUUCCAUCUAGACUGCAACAAUUUGAGCAAAUGCAGCAUAAGCAUCGGAUGCAUUCCAAGUCAAAGCUGCAAUCUCGCAAUUCGACACCCUCAAUUGCGUCACAGGAAAUAAAUAUAUCGGAAGAAUCACGCCCUCCUUCCCCUCUCCCUGAGAUUAUGCGACCUCCCAAAACAUGGAACAAUCCAAGACAGCUAAAACCAUGAUUGUUCUUGUCAUUCUUGUAUGUGCUUCAGGCCAUAUGGCAUUUGCCACAGAAUCUCAAUUGUACCACAGCAAUAAGAUUUGUUGCAGCGAGGUGGGUAAAAAGUUGUAUAUCUUCUUGUUUUAUAUUCACGCUUGUCCUGUUGGAAGGCUGGGAUUGGAUGAACGAGAUGAGCCAGACAUUUCAGCCAGCUUCAAUUCUAUUUUGUCUAGACGUGGUAUGCUCAUGUGGUUUUGUAAUUUUUUUUGAUAAAGACCAUAUGAGCCCUAGGGAAGUAUUUGGGUGGGUUUCAGUUCUUUGAACUGUUUAGGUGGAGUCAACAGUCUCAAUAAAUCAUUUAAAAGUGUACAUUGUAGUGUUUGCCUUGUGGAAUGUUAUCUAUGGUCACUAUUAUUGUGAUUA